UCCAUUUCAUUUCUCCCGUUUUCCGAUCUUCACUCCGGAUCGAAAAACCCUAACCCUCCGUGUCUGAAAGUCGCCAGAAGAAGAUAAUGGCGAUUCGAAUGCUCCUCUUUCUCUCGAUCUCAGCUCUUCUCCUCUCUCAUGGUUUUUCCUCUUCAACUCCUUCGAAGAAAUCCGAUGAUCUCGACGAAGAUCUCAGCUUCCUUGAAGAAGCCGACGCUGAGGAAUCGUCGGCCGGCAGCAAGCAUUCCAGUCACGACUCUGAUCACUUCUCCGACGAGGACUUUGACAACUUAGAUGACUUCGAAGGACAGGAAUUCGACCACGGCGGCGACGAUGGCUACGAGCCGCCUGCGCCGAUUGACGAGAAGGAUGUCGUCGUGCUCACCGAAGGGAAUUUCAGCGAUUUCUUGGAGAAGAACCGGUACGUGAUGGUGGAAUUCUAUGCACCGUGGUGUGGGCACUGCCAGGCACUGGCGCCAGAGUAUGCGGCAGCAGCGACGGAGCUGAAGGGAGAGGCAGUGCUGGCGAAGGUUGAUGCCACUGAGGAGAAUGAUCUGGCACAGAAGUAUGAGGUGCAGGGGUUCCCGACAGUGCUGUUCUUCAUCGAUGGAGUUCAUAAGCCAUAUUCGGGGCAAAGGAACAAGGAUGCUAUUGUUACUUGGAUUAAGAAGAAAACUGGACCCGGUAUUCACAAUGUAACCACAGCUGAGGAUGCUGAAAAGAUAUUAACUGCUGAGAGUAAAUUGGUUCUGGGCUUCCUUGACUCAUUGGUGGGUCCUGAGAGUCAAGAGCUUGCUGCUGCAUCAAGACUUGAAGAUGACGUCAGCUUCUACCAAACUUCCAGUCCUGAUGUGGCAAAGCUUUUCCACAUUGAUCCUAAGGCUAAACGUCCAGCUUUGGUCAUGCUGAAGAAGGAGGCAGAGAAAAUAAGCCUCUUUGAUGGUCAGUUCACAAAAUCCGCAAUAACUGACUUUGUGUUUGCCAAUAAACUACCUUUGGUGACCACGUUUACCAGGGAAAGUGCUCCCCUGAUUUUUGAAAAUCCAGUUAAGAAACAGCUUUUGCUUUUUGUCACCAAAAAUGGUUCGGAGAAGGUUCUCCCAAUCUUCCAAGAGGCAGCAAAACUUUUCAAGGGAAAGCUCAUCUUUGUAUAUGUGGAAAUGGACAAUGAGGAUGUUGGGAAACCAGUUUCAGAUUACUUUGGUGUGACUGGAGAUGGUCCGAAGGUUCUGGCAUACACAGGAAACGAUGACUCCAAGAAGUUUAUUCUCAAUGGCGAAGUGACUUUAGACAAUGUUAAGGCAUUUGGAGGGGAUUUCUUAGAAGACAAGCUGAAGCCUUUCUUCAAGUCAGACCCAAUACCCGAGAAUAAUGAUGGGGAUGUGAAGAUAGUUGUUGGAGAUAAUUUCGAUGAGAUAGUAUUGGAUGAGUCAAAAGAUGUUCUUCUUGAGAUCUAUGCACCAUGGUGUGGGCAUUGCCAAGCGUUGGAGCCAACUUACAACAAGCUUGCCAAGCAUUUGCGGGGCAUUGAGUCUCUUGUCAUUGCCAAGAUGGAUGGAACCACCAAUGAACACCCAAGGGCCAAGUCCGAUGGGUUUCCGACGCUUCUUUUCUUCCCCGCAGGAAAUAAGAACUUUGAUCCGAUUACUGUUGAUACAGAUCGAACAGUGGUGGCAUUCUACAAAUUCAUCAAGAAGCAUGCAUCGAUCCCUUUCAAGCUCCAGAGACCAGUCUCAGCUGCAAAGACAGAGGACAAGAGCCAGAAGAGCAGUAGCAAUGACGACAUGAAGGAUGAGUUGUGAGGGUUUUUUUCCUAAGGUAAUGUAAGAUGUAUCUGUCUUUUAUUUAUCAAAUAGGAAGAGUUGUUUUUGGCAUAUAGACAAGAAUCAAAGGGAAUGGAAAUAGAGAGGGGUCUGAAAGUGGAGGUGGUGGUAUUUACAAUUUCA